GUUUUCUGAGGGAGACGAAAAGGAUGAAUUUCAUCCCUUCAUCGAGGCACUUCUCCCUCACGUCCGUGCCAUCGCCUACACGUGGUUCAACCUCCAGGCGAGGAAACGCAAGUACUUCAAGAAGCAUGAGAAGCGGAUGUCUAAGGAUGAGGAGCGUGCGGUCAAGGACGAACUGCUCAGCGAGAAGCCCGAGAUCAAGCAGAAGUGGGCCUCGAGGCUCCUCGCCAAGCUCCGCAAGGACAUCCGCCAGGAGUACCGCGAGGACUUUGUGCUCAGCGUGACGGGCAAAAAACACCCGUGCUGCGUCCUCUCCAACCCCGACCAGAAGGGCAAGAUCCGCCGGAUCGACUGUUUGCGGCAGGCCGACAAGGUGUGGCGCCUAGACCUGGUCAUGGUCAUCCUGUUCAAAGGCAUCCCGUUGGAAAGUACGGAUGGAGAGCGCCUCGUCAAGUCGCCGCAUUGCACCAACCCAGCACUUUGCGUCCAGCCGCAUCACAUUACAGUGUCGGUCAAGGAGCUCGACUUGUUUCUAGCAUACUAUGUCCAGGACCAAGACGCACAGCAGUCAGGAAGUCCCAGUAACAAUGAGCCAGGCAACAACCCUCCAGUUUACUUGGAAGACAGCUUCAUCAAAUCAGGAGUCUUCAGUGUUUCGGAGCUGGUGCGGGUGUCCAGAACGCCCAUCACCCAGGGGGCAGGGGUGAACUUCUCCAUGGCCGACAUGCCUAGUCAGCCGUACUACCAUGACCUGAACUCCAGUGUGGGCCUCCAUCGCUCCCUCUCCUCCCCGCCUGGCAGUAAACGGCCCAAGACCCUCAACAUAGAGGAGAGUAUGGAGACCAGUCCCACUGGCCCUGACUUCUAUUCCUCACCUAGCUCCCCAGCUAGUGGCAGCAGGACCUGGCACGAGAGAGAAGACCUGUCGUCUCCCACCAUGAAGAAGCCCGAGAAGCCUCUCUUCAGCCCCACCUCCCCGCAGGAUUCCUCACCCAGACUGAGCACUUUCCCCCAGCACCACCACCCCGGACUCACAGGCAUCGGACACAGUGUUAUAUCAACGAGGAGCCCUCCCCCCCAUUCCCCCCUGCAGUUCUCUGCCUCUGCCAUCCUCCCCGCCCCGUCACCCUACUUCUCCCACCCCACCAUCCGCUACCCGCCCCAUCUCAACCCCCCUGACUCCCUGAAGAGCUACGUGUCCAGCUAUGACCCGUCCAGCCCACAGACCAGCCAGCCGAACAGCAGUAGCCAGGUGGGGAAGGUUCAGGGCCACUUCACCCCGGUCCUUGCCCCCUCUCCACACCACGGCACAGUGCGACCUGUCUCCCUCUCCAUGCCCGACACCAAGCCCAUCACAUCAGAAGGCUACUCAGCCCCGGGCACCCCCACAGCCAAUCGUUUUGUAGGACUGAGCUCUAGAGAUCCAGCCUUCCUUCACCAACAACAGCUGAGGAUAUGUGACUGGACCAUGAAUCAAAACGGCAGGCAUUAUGGCACUGAGGAUACUUUGGGGAUUGCUUGGCAAAGUCCUGGUACCUGGGCGAGCUUAGUUCCAUUCCAAGUCACGAACGGGACUCCGAUUCUGCCGACAAAUGUCCACCAGAACUACAGCAUAAACAUCAUUGGUGAACCCCCCCUCCUCCACACAGAGGCAGAGAACUGAAGACCGCUCAAGGGGCAAGAAGUGUCGGCUACGGGGGAACUAACCAGCAAGCAGCACUUAAAACAAUGGUGCUUACCCCCUCUCUCCCUCCCCCCCUUCCCCCCUCCCACAGACCCCUCCUCCUUCGGGACAUUGGCCAAGAAGACUUGAGUAGGUUUGGAGCAAAACUGAUCCGGUCCACUCUGGCUAACCCUUCGCCAUGCCAGUCAGUCAUUGUGUGAAAAGAGCCUUUCUAUUCAAAAUACUGUGAUGUAUCCUGUACAAAAAAACUUAAGAUGCCUUAAUGUUUUGCAUGACAACUCUUAGUCUAAUAGUGGUGUUCUUCUUCAUUUUGAUGUUGGGAGUUUCUAACCUUGGUUACGAACAGGGGAAGUGGUGGUCUGAAACACACAAAGACUGGCUGGUAGUAGACGUACCCGACUGUAAGUUAUUCAACUUUGACCUUUACCCCUUCUAUAUCAAACUAUUCACUGUGUAACCAUAGGAACAAAUUGUGAAUUCAGAGUGUUUUUUCCCUUAGAUUUCAAUUUACUGUGAUAUAUAUUUUUUUUUUACUCAUUAUCCUGUUGAUUCUGUACUGCUAUUUACUUAAAAGUUAGUUAUACUCUUAAGAGUACUCCUAACUCUUACUAUGGUAAAAAAAAAGAAGACUAAACACUAUUUUUAGGUUAGAGAUUUGACCCCUUUUUUGAAAGAAUUCGUAUCUCCUCUAGAAAAAGUUUUUUUUUUAAGAUUUAAAAAAAAAAAAAUCUUGAAAACUCGAAAGAGGCAAGUGCAAUUGAAUUUUUGAAGGGAAGCUAUCAGUCUGUCAGCCCUAAGACUCUAAAGGAAAGGGGAUAAAUAUACGUUUUUUUGGUUUAAAUACGUAAACGUGAAAUGUUUAAAAAAACAUUUGAGUUGAUUUCAGUUGCAUUUCUUUGUGUCUCAAUAUGGAAAGAAAAAAAUACUAAACCUGAAAUGCAGAGAUGUGUUUGAAGGUGCGCAUUAAGCUACCUAUGCAGAACUGAAUAUGAACAAGCCAGCACUUCUAUUGAGCCCUACUCAGUCUCAUGGGGAGCUUUUUAUUUAUUGUGGAAAAAAUAACAAACAGAAAGUUUAAAAAAUGAAACACACAUAGUGUAUAAAAUGCCAUUCUAAAUCAAUAACAUAUUAAUUUGGCCAUUAGCUUAUGAAGCUUGUGUUUACAAUAUGACUUGCCGAAAAAAAACAAUGAAUGCAGGCUGUUAAAGUCAUUCACUAAAAUGUAUGUGUACGUCUCAAAAUCUACACUUUUUGUGCAACCUCGAACCUGCAAGGUUGCAGUGGGUUGCACCUUUUGCCACUUGAACACUAAAAAUCCCAGAUACAAUGGUGGCAUUCCCUGAAAUCUAGAAUUGUGCAAGGCAGGUUUAUUGACUUGACCUCUCUCCAAGUCCAGAUAUGACAAAUCUCUCCAAUACUCUUCAUUUGCACGAUGACAUAUAGUCCACAUUACGUGCCUUGCCUUUGAAUAUAAAGAUAUCACUACACUUGUUUUUUUGCGGCAUUUAUUACCAUUAUAGAAAAGAAACUAAACAAUUUAUGAUAAUACUUUUUUUUUUGUACUCUGAAUGAAAAUUGUGACAUUGUUGAUUUUUUACUUUCAUUUACUACUUUCUCUCACAGUUACGGUGCAUAUCAAGUAUAGUUGCCGUUCUAAAGUCUAUAAUCACCAGCAUUAUUUUUCAGUGUUUUCGGUGGUUUUCGAAUAACCUUUCAUUUUUGUUUUAUUGUUUUGUUUUUUGUUUUUCCAUCAUCCAGUUACUAUUGAGGAGAGAAGAAUUCAGAUUUAUGAAAAUUAUGCAAUACCAAGUUUUGCCUAUGUAGGUAGUGCUUAUAGAUAUGCCAAUUAUUAGAGGCUAGUUUGGAGAUAGACAAUAUUGUAAUGCAUUUAUUUUGUUGAUAUCGUUGUUGUUGUUUUCCCUUUUUUAAUUGACCAAAGUAGGGACUGCUUUCCAUGCAGUGAAUGGCAAGGUCUUAUUGUCGUGUAUUGACAGAUGGAGAGACAUGUUUCAAUUUGUUUUUAUUUCUUGGGGGAGGGAGGGGGCCAUUUUUCUAAGCUUACUGUUCGCCUGUAAAGAAUGCACCCGUUGGUCUCGUAUGGCUGCAAAGUCACUGAUCUGUCUACUGUGACAAACUUGACUCUUUGCAUUCAACUUCCCACCUGGGGUGUUAGCAUGUGACAUUGACUAAGCUCAUUUUCACAGGAGAGACGGCUUGACUUGUGGGACCAUCACAAAAAAAAACAUUCAGGAGAGGAACACGCUAACCUUAAUCAGACCCACAAUUGCAAACUGAAAUCAUACUACAAUUGUAAAAAAAAAAAAAUUGCAGGAAGCUAUACAAGCAUUAACCCUUAAA